CGCACACUUCACUGUAGACAAAAACACCAGACGACGUCUGUGGAAGAACGCAAUAGGAAAAACUUAAUUUAAUAGAGAAUUAGUGCUGUGUGCGCGUGUAAAAGGCAAAAAAACAGUAUGAGCUUCUUUGGGAAAAUGUUUGGUGGCAAAAAGGAGAUGGCCCCAACGACAGGCGAGGCGAUACAAAAGCUGCGCGAGACCGAGAACAUGUUGAUCAAAAAACAGGAAUUUCUCGAGUCCAAAAUCGAGGAGGAGUUAAAUACAGCACGCAAAAAUGCAUCCAAAAACAAAAGAGUGGCUCUGCAGGCGCUCAAAAAGAAGAAGCGAUUGGAGAAGCAGCUGCAACAAAUCGAUGGCACCCUCUCCACGAUCGAGAUGCAGCGCGAGGCUCUGGAGAGCGCCAACACGAAUACUGCCGUAUUGACCACCAUGAAGAACGCCGCGGAUGCGCUCAAAUCCGCGCACCAGAACAUGGAUGUGGACAAGGUGCACGAUAUGAUGGAUGACAUUGCCGAGCAACAGGAUGUGGCGCGCGAAAUUUCUGAUGCCAUUUCGAAUCCGGUCGCCUUUGGCGCCGAUCUGGAUGAUGAGGAUCUCGAGCGGGAACUCGAUGAACUGGAGCAGGAGAACUUUGAUAAGGAAAUUAUUGGCAUACCAGAGCCAACGCCCACGUUGCCAGAAGCGCCAACCGAAGAUUUGCCCGAGAAGGCCAAGGAAAAGAAAAAGGCAACCGUUGCGUCGGCCACCAAGCCAGAGGAUGAUGAUGAUCCAGUUAUGCAGCAAUUGUUGUCUUGGGCCAACUAAAAACACGCUAUGAAAUCUCCCCCCUCCUUCCCACACACACACACAAACAUUGUUUUAAUUGCCCGAUUAACGCAAGUCAGCUCUUUUGUUGUAAAUUUGAAUAUUCUUUAUGAUUAAGUGAAAACAAAAAUUUAUGUUGAAAAGCGCGAAAUUUCAA